UUUACUUUUACAGCAACCCCGGAGGUAGCAGCAAUGUCUGACAAUUCACCACCUGAAGUCUCCAAAUCCUGGACCGAAGAAGAAGAAGCAAUUUUGUGGGACUCUCUUCCUCCUGAAAUCCUAACCCACAUUUUGGUCCGCUUACCCAUAAAAUCUAUCAUCACUUGCACCUGUGUCUCCAAAACAUGGAAAUCCCUCAUCCUAAACCCCACCUUUAUUUCCACCCAUCUUCACCACUCCUCCAGCAACAACAACAACCUCCUCCUCUUCAGACUCUGCCCUAAGCCUCUCGUCGAAGCUUUCGAUGACAUGGACCCAAUCGGAGACGAAAAAGAAGUGUAUGCUUUACAUCGGGACGACAUGAUCACCAAUUUCGAUCAAUACACCAGGUUUGACGACUUCCCUUUCCAUCGCAAAAGCUGCUCUGGAAUAUUCCGUGUGGUUGGUACUUGUAAUGGCUUGAUUUGCCUCGCCGAUGAUUUAAACGAUCACUGUCCCAAUUUUUAUCUCUGGAACCCUUGCGUUAAAAAAUACGUGAGACUUCCUUUCCCCUAUUUAUUGACUGCCGGUUUCUACACCGUGGCUGUUGGGUUUGGAUUUGAUUCCAAAACCAAUGACUAUAAGGUGGUGAUGUUUGUCACUCGUGGCUAUAGUCAUGACCACGAAGUUGAAGUUGAAGUUGAAGUUGGGGUUUACUCACUUGCCACUGGAAAAUGGAGAGAGGCUACGGCUGAACGUCCCAAAUGUGCUGUUCGCAAUACCGUCAUUGUCGACCUACGCCUACAGGCUUUUGUCAAUGGGGCUUUGCAUUUGGUUUGUCACAAGACUACUCCAGAAAUCAGAUUUCUCUACUUUGUUUUGGUGUUUGAUUUGGAGGAUGAGGUCUUCCGCGAGAUACCACUGCCUAAGCAUUCAGAUAUGUUCUUUUGGAAGUGGGUAUCUAUUAUGGCAUUUGGGAAUUCCAUUGCUGUGUUCAAACCGGGGUAUUCUGUUAACACUCCCGAUAUAUGGGUGUUGAAAAACUAUUCAGAUGCAUCAUCAUGGACCAAAAUUAUAAGUUUAGAUGCUCAAGCGCCCCCACAGAGGCCACCUUCACGUUUUUACAGAGUUAAAACGCCUAGCCUAAAAGCUUUUAGGAAGAGUGGUGAGGCUAUAUUGCAAACACAUAAAAAACGGCUCAUCUCGAAAGACCUUGAGACCAAAGAGGUUAAAGACCUUGGGAUUACUGGAUCUAAGUAUAGUUUUGUUGAUUCUUAUGUUCAGAGUCUGGUUUUGCUAGACAAACCUGACCUGGCAAAUCCUUAUCCUUACUAAGGGAAAGAAAGAGGAACAACAACAGACAAGGACUUUGUGCAAUCAUGGAUGCUGAUGAGCUGUACAUAAGUAACAAACUUUAACUCAUUGAAAGAAAAGAGCCAACAAAAAGUUUCUUGGUGAUUUGUAGUUUCUUAGUAUUGACAUUAGUUUAUUAUGUCAAAUUGGAUUGUAGUUAUACAUUAAAGGGGUUUAUUUUGUUAAACUAAUUUGGGCUACACCAUUCAAUGUGUUUUCAAAAAUGAUUAAGAGCCGUAUUGUCUGCCAUGCUUG